AAGAGAAGAAGAGGAAUGAAGGAGGGAGGCACUGGAAGUGGCCCAGGGAUGGGCAAUGAGCGGGUGAAGAACCUCCAGAAUGAAGUUGAAGGUGUCAAGAAUAUCAUGAGCCAGAAUGUGGAGCGGAUUCUAGCCAGGGGUGAGAAUCUGGACCACCUGCGCAACAAGACGGAAGACCUGGAAGCAACGUCCGAACACUUCAAGACAACCUCACAAAAAGUGGCCCGGAAGUACUGGUGGAAGAAUAUCAAGAUGAUUGCUAUCAUCUGCGUCAUCGCCAUCAUCAUCCUUAUUCUCAUCAUCCUGCUUGCCACCGGCGUCAUUCCGUCUUAAGUUUCUUUCCCACCACCGGACUUUUCCCACUCAUCAUUCCCACGUGGUUGUCUUUUUUUAUUUUAUUUUGCCCCCAUCAUCCCUUCCCUUAAUAGCUGAAAUUUGUAACUGAAUCACAAGGCCCUUUGCCAGGGGUCCUGAUCAAGAGGUCCAGGUUGCCCCCCUGCAACAUCUGCCAGUGCCCAUAACCUCCCUCCCAUGCCAGGACCAAAAGACUCCAGGAGCCGCCCUUCCUCUCGGCUCCACCCAAGGGUCCCUCAACUGUAUGCAUGAAGGUAGCAAGAGGAAACAGAAACGGUUUCUGCUUAGAUGAUCCCCAACCACAGAACAUGCUAAAAUUCUGAGUCUGUAAGUGCCUCAGCUGGUGCUUGGAACGGAGCUCACCAGCCUUCUCUGUUCUAAACAAAUUUGGCCAAGUUUCUGGAACGGGCAGAAAACUGCCGUGGGAGGAACCCAACUUUAUGCGGCCACUCUGGGCAUUUCUUCCCUUCCAGGAAGCUUCAUCCUCAGAUCUCCUCAUUUUGUGUGCCUUUCAUCAUCCCGGAUGGAGAAGUUGAAUGACUGAAACUCACCUGGCAAUAUAAAGAUGUUUUUGAACCACUGUUUUAAAAGAAGAAUGAAGGCGAGCAGCCCGUUCAGGUUCUCUAAAUUUUUAUUUCUGUCUCUUGGGGGAUGUUAGCUCCUUGAGAUGUCGGUUCCUAAGGUCCUGACAGACUGAGGCCCCGACUCCUCCAAUCGGGACCCCUGAGUGGCACAGAGAGAGGUGGCCCCUCUGAUCGGCUCGACUCCCUUUGAUUGGCACGUCGUCUUCUUUCAGCUACGGCCUUUUCUGAUCUAGUGCCUCUGAUCUUUGAGAAAUUUCUAAGAAAUGUUUAUUCACUUUUGCAUUUGAUUUACUAACUGUAAUAAAAGUAUUUAUAAAUCACUGGCUACAAA